GGAGGUUGGCCCUGUAACUCAGAGGCAUGUCCGGGCAUGCAUUCAGCGCACUCUCACACUUCUACUCGUGUGCUGAUGAGUACUGAAAACACAUGGGCCCGCUGGUUCUACCCUCGUCUUAUCUAAAGCAGAACAGCAUCUAAAAUAUUCUACAAUAUCAGCAAAUUCUGCCUGUAAAACGGAAGGAAGUAGGCAGCUGUAGGGUGUAGUAUUGAUUGUGCUGUGCUGUACUACUGAGUAGGUUAGUAGACUAGUAGGCAGGCUGAGCAGUCAUGCUUGGACAUGUUAAAUCCUUCAACUCUAGAAUAGAGUCCCGCCCUAAAACGCAUCAGGAGUCUCCACCAUGCUAGCCCUGACAUGUCUCUCUAUCUCUAUCUCUCUCUCUCUCGCUCUUUCUCUCUGCCCCCUCCUCUCUUAAACCCAUUUAAAUCAGCUGUACGCCACCUCAGACCUUCUCACUCAGCUGAGCUGAGGCACUUUAUGUACAGAUGAGUGUAUAAUAUAUAUAUAAAGUUUAUUUAUUUGGUUUAAGAUCUCCACCAUGGCUAUGGAAAACUGCCUGAGCAGUUCACAGAUCAACAAGAUUGACAAUGAAAAGCUGGUAAGACCCAAAGUGCAGUUACAGACCCUGCUGAAAGAUGCAGGAGCAGAUAAGGAGGUUUUCACCAUGAAGGAGGUUAUGUUCUACCUGGGAAAGUACAUCAUGAGUAAGGAGUUGUACGAUAAACAGCAGCAGCACAUCGUGCACUGCGGGAACGACGCUCUCGGUGCCGUGCUCGGAGUAAACAGCUUCUCUGUCAAAGAACCACGAGCUUUGUUUGCAAUGAUAUCUAAAAAUCUCAUAGCAGUGAAAAUUCCAGAAUCUCAGUCAACAUCGAAAGAACGAAGAUCUCAAGGGGAAGCUGACAGAGGGCCAGAGGAGACAAACCCACCAUCAUCUACCUCCACACCACAACAGCAGCAACAACAGCGCAGGAGACGGCGAAGCAGCGAUCCCGCGAGUCUCUCAGCCGAGGAGGAAUCCAGUGAGCCCAGGAAGAGGCACAAGUCUGACAGCAUCUCCCUGACGUUUGACGACAGCCUGUCGUGGUGCGUGAUCGGAGGUCUGCACAGAGAGAGAGGGAGCAGCGAGUCUUCAGUAUCGCAAAGCAAUUCGGAGGCAGGUAGAUCUCACAGUGAUGAGAGUGAUGAGGGUGGUGAUGAUUCUGACUCUGAUAACUUCAGUGUGGAGUUCGAGGUGGAGUCUAUCGAUUCGGACGCCUACAGCGAGAACGACGAAGAUUCUGUACCCGGAGAGGACGAGGUCUCGCAUCUAUCCUGUGAUACAGAUACAGAAGCUCCUGUGUAUGAGGUAACGAUCAUUGCAGAGGAUGAGGAUUCUUUCGAUGAAGAUACGGAGAUCACUGAGGAGGACUACUGGAAAUGUGCCGAGUGUGACGAGCUGAACCCUCCUCUCCCGCGCAACUGCAAAAGCUGCUGGAAGGUGCGUCCGGGAUGGCUGCCCGAGACCUGCUCUGUGCCCGAGGACCCCGGCAACCACACGCAAAUAGAAACCGCCUGCAGUGACCCCGACCUCGAAACCAAAACCCUGUGCGCCGAAUCUCCCACUCCGACCCUCGACCCCGACGACGGCGUGGACGUCCCGGACGGCAAGAUCCUUCGCUCGCAGAGUACUUCCUGCUCCGACUCGCAGGGCUCGUCCCUCUCCCACUCGCAACCCUCCACCUCCUCCAGCCAGGACGAAAUGCCCGAGCUGGAGCGCACCACCAGCGUAAACAGCACCGAUCUGUGCCUGCCCGCGUCCUGCCUCGAGCCCUGCGUCAUCUGCCAGAGCAGACCCAAGAACGGCUGCAUCGUCCACGGACGCACCGGACACCUCAUGGCCUGCUACACCUGCGCCAAGAAGCUCAAAAAGCGCAACAAGCUGUGCCCCGUGUGCAGGGAGCCCAUCCAGUCCGUGGUCCUCACCUACGUGAGCUGAGAGGAAGAGCGCGCGUCGAAUUACCUCAAUAAUAUCCGCACGUUUCAGUGCUGCAGUUCCCUCACGCUAGCAAGAGACCACACAGUUUCUACUUUUCUGCUUUAAUGUAAAAGUUCCUGUGACCUGUUCUGUUAAAAACCUGUUCCGUAUCUCGAGUUGUUUUUAAUCUGAGAAGGAAUCCGGAGUUAUGCAAAAUCAACCAGUGUUCAAUCCCAGUUAUUAUUAUUAUUAUUAUUAUUAUUAUUGCUGAACAGACCCCCCCCACUUCGAGAGAUUGCUCUCUUGCUAGCGUGAACGCAUUAAAUACGCAGACCGAAUAUAUACAUAUAUCAUUUUUCUUUCUAAAUAUUGUUAGUAUUGUUUACAUAUGAUCUAUUUAAAGGCAAACCUCAUAUCAAAAGUAUGUGUGUAAAACUCUUUCGAGACUCCGCCUUAUGCAAAUGAAGCAGGUUUUGUUCGAAUAAGCAACGUUUUAGUGAGCAACAUUUAAAUUUCUAUUCACAGCAGAGUGAUUUUGCUUUCGUACACAUUUUUUACAAGGUUUAUUGUGUGACUCAAACAAGGUGAGUUUUUCUCUUAUUGUAUUUUUUUUGCUUGAGAUAUAUUUUUCAUCAAAUGCAUACAGAUCAAAAAUGUAAAUUGUAUAAUGUUUGUCCUGUUUAAAAGCGUUCUAUUUAUAAAAAUGUCCAUUUUAAUUGUUAUUUAUGAUCAUUUGACAGUUUUUGGAUUAGUUUUGGUGGUGAUUUUCAGCGCUGUGUGAAGUUAUUGUUCAGUUUAUGGAGGGGGAGGAUUUAGAGAGUGUGUGUGUGUGUGUGUGUGUGUGUGUGUGUGUGUGUUUGUUUUGACAAUUGUAUAGAAUUUAAUUUAUAUUAAAUCUAAAGGUGGAAAUGAGUCGUACAGGUUUGGGGUGUGGAGAUGUUUUGAAUUUUGAGUAAUAAAGAAUUAAUGUUCUACUCAA